AUAAAUACCCCUUGAUAUGAACGCAUCUAUAUCAUCACGAACAGAAGAAGUGCAUUAAGAAAUCAGAAAAAGAAAAUGUCAGAGUGCCAAGGUAAGAGCUCAUGGCCUGAGUUGGUUGGAGUGGAAGGAACGGUGGCAGAGGCUACAAUUGAGAGGGAGAAUCCUUUGGUGGAUGCUAUUAUAGUGAUUGAAGGAACCAUUGUCACCCCUGAUUUUCGAUGUGAUAGGGUUUGGGUUUGGGUUAAUAAAGAUGGAAUUGUUUAUCAGGUUCCAACUAUUGGAUAGAACCACUUAUCUUCUAUGUCUUUAAUAUAAUACUUUAAUAAUUGAGGAGUUACUCUUCCUAUUAUAUAUGUUAUUUCAUAUAAAAUAAACAAGAAGAUUAUAAGAAACUUCUUUCUCAUUUUUAAUCA